GCCUGGGGUGCCGUCGUCACACGGCGGAACCGAGCAGACAGGGGGAGGCACUGCGGCCGCUCGGGCUCGCCAUUCAGCUGCUGCUGACGCCGCUGCCUCCGCGGCGCCGGGACAGAGCCCCCCACCCCACCCCCGGGCAGGGCGGCGGGGCUGCGCCGAGAGCUCCGGGGGUUCCCGUUAUCAUGUCGCUGAGCCAGCGCCUGGCCGCGCUGCUGGUCUGCCUGCGGGACCCGCAGAAAGUGGCCAGCUUCCAGCGGCUGUGCGGGGUGGAAGAGCCGCGACUGCACGGGGCAGACGCGGCGGCCCCGGAGGAGAGGGGCGGCCGCAAUCCGGACCGGUCGGCCGACCCGGAGGGCGGCGGGGGCAAGCUCCGAGGCUGCGGCGCCAGGAACGGCGUGCGAAAUGGGCUGCCGGAGGCCGGCGGGGACACGGCCACGGCCAAGGCGGGGGAGCGCGAGAGCGAGGCGACCCUCCAGAAUAGAGUGCAGGGUCUGCGGCGCAACUCCCUCACCGGGGAGGAAGGGGAAGUGUUCGGGGUGCGGAACUGGCCCCUCUUCUACUUGUUCUCCUUUGGCACCGAGCUGGGCAACGAGCUCUUCUACAUCACCUUCUUCCCCUUCUGGAUCUGGAACCUGGAUGCUUUGGUGGGCCGGAGGCUCGUGAUCAUGUGGGUCCUGGUCAUGUACCUGGGCCAGUGUGCCAAAGACGUCAUCCGGUGGCCCCGGCCCGCCUCGCCGCCCGUGGUCAAGUUAGAGGUUUUCUAUAACUCGGAGUACAGCAUGCCCUCCACCCAUGCCAUGUCUGGCACUGCCAUUCCCCUCACCCUUGUCCUCCUCACCUACGGCCGCUGGCAGUAUCCUCUUAUGUAUGGACUGGUUAUUGCCACCUGCUGGUGUUCUCUGGUUUGCCUAAGUAGAAUUUACUUGGGAAUGCACUCCGUUCUGGACAUUAUUGCUGGAUUCCUGUAUGCUAUUUUUAUCUUAGCUGUCUUCUAUCCAUAUGUGGAGCUGAUUGAUAACUUCAACCAAAUUUAUAAAUAUUCUCCACUAAUUAUCAUCAGUUUGCAUUUAGCCCUGGGCAUCUUUUCCUUCACACUUGACACUUGGAGUACAUCACGAGGAGACACAGCUGAGAUCUUGGGCAGUGGUGCAGGAAUUGCAUGUGGAUCUCAUGUUGCUUACCAGCUUGGUCUCGUGUCAGAUCCUCCUCUUGAUAUGUUACCUUUAACUAUUCCCUCCAUCACUGUGACUCGUUUUGGAAAAGUCAUAUUACGGAUUCUAAUAGGAAUGGUAUUUUUGCUGCUGAUGAGAAUUGUAAUGAAAAAGAUCACCAUUCCAUUGGCCUGUAAAAUGUUUGGUAUUAAAAGUGAUGAUAUUCGAAAAGCAAGACAGUACAUGGAAAUUGAACUUACUUAUCGUUAUAUAACCUAUGGAAUGGUUGGCCUCUCUAUCACAUUUCUGGUUCCUUGCUUAUUUUACUUUAUUGGCCUUUCUUGAUGGCCUAUCACUUAUGGGAAAGGAUGGCAAUAUGUGAGAAUAAUUCUAAGGCAAAAGUCAGAUCAAUGCUUUUGCAGGAAUUUUACUUAAAUAAGUAUUUAAGUGAAUGUAAAACGGACAAUGCUUCUUACCACUGCAUCUAGAUAUUGUUUUGGAGAAUGCUGAGCAAUUUCAACACAGAGAAAGUUCUAGAUACCCCUUAGGUAUGAUGUUUUGGAGUGUUUUAUUGCUAUUGUAUAAUUUGGGUUAUGGAUCCUAUAUAUAAUAUAUAUUAGGUACAUAAUAUCAUGUACCUAAUAUAUAUUACAUGAGUCUUAAUAAACUAUGGGACUGUAUAAAUAAACAUAAAUAAUAUGCAUACAAUUAUGCCUUUGUAUUUGGAUUUAACCCCAGGUAUGUUGUGAUAACCUGAGAAAAAAAUUUCCUUUGUCUAGAAUGUGAGCCAUUUCCUAAUUUAAUUACAUAGUUAAUGAAAACAAAAUUAGUAUGCAAACCACUUAUCUGUUUAUUGCCUCCUCCUACUACUUUAAUUGCUAUGCUUGUUGAUCUAUAUUAGGAGGCAUUUAAUGGACCAAAUUUGAAGUAAAAUUAACUUUUGCAUUCAAAAUUUUUUGGUUUUUUUUUCUUUUAGUUCUGUGUACAAUGUAAAAUACUUUGGUUUGCAUUCAUUCUAGAUAUCUCUAUAAUGAUUCAGGUACUGUAUUUUACUGCUUAUUAAUUGUGCCUUUUUGUUGCUGAAUUAAGAAAUGCCAUGUAUGCUGUGAUGUAAAAAAAUAGGACUGAUAAUUUAUCUUCAAUGACCCAUAAUUAGGGAAAUAUUUUUUUAAACUUAUGUUGAGAAAAUUCUGAGGAGUUUAGAAGUAAACUGUGCUUUACACUGUAGCUUGCAUAUUAAUAAAUAGAAUGAACUAAACUUUCUCAGUGACUUAACAGCUAAUGGACUAUGUAGUCUAUAGGGUUUUUUGGUUGUUGUUGCAUUAUAAGUUACAGGAAGAAGAUUAUUUUUCUGCACGUUGUCUUGAUUGUAUUGCAGGUUAGUAUUUCUAGCAGGUGGAAAUAUAAUUGAAAUCUAGACUGGGGCAAUGGAACAUGAACUCAGUGUGCAUUUAUAACAUUCUUAAAUUAUUUCCAAAGGUCUAUAGUUGACAAUGUUGAUUUUUCUGGUUUAACCAUUUACUAGUGACUUAAGAUGGAAUAAAUAAGUUAAAAGAAACUAGUUGCCAGUAUCUCCAGAUCUUAUAAUUUUUCAGUUUUAUUUUUUCCUCUUUAUAAAAUGUGGAUACAGUAUUAGACUGUCAUUUAUUCUGUUUACUUUUUAUAGUUUGAAGUUUAAUUUCCUUUGAAAUUAGGUUAACAGUUAUUUCCUAGGACUAAAUUUCAAAUAUGAGAAAAUUACUACAUAAACAUCAGGAUAACGUAUUGGUGAUUUUAUUGCAGUAUUUGUACUGUAGACCCAGGAGUGUAGCCUUAAAAAUGUUUUUUGUUUUGACAGAUAACACUUUGACAGCUAACACUUAAGAGUUUUCCAGUUGAAAACUUGGGUUUAUGGCAACUGGCCUAAAAAUCAAUCUGUUAACUACAAUUCAGGCAUUAAAAUUUAUAGGCACUGAUUGAUAUCUGUUCUUUUAAAGAUGAGAAAGUAACUUUUCUUUUCCAAAUUGGAGUUCAGAAAAUGAAUUCAAGGGAAUAUUUUCCACGAUUCAGUUCUGUACUAUGCUAUGCAUUUAUAUCGAGUUUAAAACAAUAUUAGAUUCAACAUACUCAUUGUGUUUUAUUUUUUCUAUCCUAUGCUGAAUGUAUCUAAAAAUAAAAACCAAAUUUAAGAUUUUCUUCCUUCUACAGAUUUGUUUCUGUGCUAUUUGGUAGACAUCUUGAAUGGAUGGUAAAGGCUUUUUCCCUAAACAGUCCAUAUGUAGCUCAUUCAAGAUUAAACCGUUAGUUUUUGUCAUUGUCACAUCGUAGUUCUAUACCUAGAAGAGAUCUCUGGUGAUCUAGUCCAACUCCUUUUAUUGAUAAGGAAACUAAGUUAGUCAAUUAGUUAAUUAGCAUUCAUAUGGCACCUGCCAAUAGGCCAGGCACUAUGCUAAGCACUGGAGGGCCUAACUGAGGCCCUUAAGAGUGGAUGAACUUGUCUUGGUUUCAGAAGUAGUAACCAUCUUUUUGAUGGGAAGUGAAGGACUUCCUUUAGCAAUCCAAUGAGUUUCCCUUUUAUUCUUUUGUAAUAGCCUUGUAUUGUAGUGAAAUGCAUUGUUUCAAAGCCUCUCUUUAAAAAAAUUGUUAGAUCUUUGGCUAACAGUUACAGGAGUAAAGAAUAUGGAUUUAUUUCCAAAAUUGUGAUUUUUGGUAUUUGUAGUUGAUAUUACUAGCAUUCUAUGAAUGCCCCAAUUUAAUCAGCAUGCUGAGAAAAGAUAGUUUUUGCAAAUAGAACGAAGCUAUAAUGAGAGGGAUUUUUAGAGGAGUUGGAAAAAAUGUUAGUUUUACAAGGGUAUCAUUGAAAAAUGAUAACUCAAUGCAAAGUAGGCCUUUAAGGUUUACAAAGCACUUUCUUCACAAUAAUAACCCUGUGAAAAUAGAUAUAUAAAUUGUAUUAUUCCCAUUUACUAAUGGCAAAGCUGGGAUUCAGACUCAUAUCUUAUGACUCUAGAACCUGUGUUUUUUGAAGAAAUGCAGAAAACUUAAAUUAAGAUCUUAUGUAAAUUAUUAAUUAUGUCUACUUCAUAACAAGUGAAAUUAUAAGAUCUUUUAUAAAAGAUAACAUAUAUCUUUUAAGGACAGAAUAACAAUGUACAGCCAGUGAUCCAACGAUCUGUACAGAAUUAAAAUGAAAAUCUGUAACAAAGUAUUUGACAAAUAGUGAACCUAAUUCAAUCACAACCAAACAUCAUAAAUUACUUGGUAAAUGCUGUGUGUAAUUAAUUCUUAUCACUAGAAAUACAUUGAGCUUUUUUUUUUAAUUACUCAAAGCCUUUUUAUCCCUGUUAAUGAACAUAUAUGGUCAGCUUAUACCAAAAAUGUUUUAAAUAUAGCUUUAAAGGUGAAGUAGUGCUCUAGGCCUUCUUGCUAAUGAAUAGUUUUUAAAAACACGAUUAGAGGACUUUUUAAGAAAAAUUGAAGAAACUUGUGAGGCAAUCUGAAAGAUUUCCAGGUUGCUAAACUGGACAGUUUGUCAAGUUUUUAAACUAUUACAACUCCAUUCAGAGUAAAAUAGUUUGUUUUUAGUUUCUUAAACUGAAAUGAGUUUUUGCACCUAAUUUUAAUGAUUACAUAAAAUGUAAAUAAUUUAGCACAGCAAAAAGAAAAGGCAUUAACAUGCUAUUUUAAGGGGCACUUUUGGAAAGGUCUAUAGAACCCUGUAUAGAAAGCCCUCUGGGGUUUCAAAUAAUUUCGGUGUGUUAUAUUCUUUUCCCAUUCACUGUAAUGAGACCUCUUAAAAAAUUAACUUUGGAUACUUUUACAUUCACUAGACUCUACUGUACAUUGCAUUGUUAUAUUACUUUUUAUAACAUACGAAGAAUGUGAUUGUUUUUGUACUGUGGGACUACAGACUAGAAUGCUUUCCUUUCUCCCUCUUCAAAACUGCCUGUACAUAGAGCUUCUGCAUAUUAAAAAGUACCUACUUGAAGGCUCUUCUCCUAGCUACUUGAGACACAUCUGCUGUUGGAGAGAUAGCACCUGAUACUUUUGUCUCCUAUUAAGCCCUAGGACCAGCUUCCUCAUGGUUGCUACCUAUACUUUUCUUCCAUAGGGACCAAACAACUAGUAGGUAAAAGGUACAGACAAGCAGAAGCUUAAUUUUGCUAUUAUAAUAACUACCAUUUUAUUUCUUUGAUUCAUUUUUGAAUCUCCUUGCUGGAAAGUUAUUUUUGCUUAAAGUUUCCUAUUAAGUAGACUAGACGCUUUCUGCUUUUUAAAAUCUUUCUUAAGGGGCUUUAGCUAUUUGCCCUUGCAGAAUUCUAUUCAGCACUAUAUUCUCAGGAAUCUCUAGGACAUAUCCUCUAGGAAUUGUACGGGAAUUCUAUAAUUGUUUUUCCCAGCCACUUUCCUUAUGGGAACAAGAUUUUUUUUUUCAAAAAUGAAUUCUGAUAACUAGUUUCAUAUUGUCUAUAAUCUCAUUAUGUUUCUUCUUUAAAAGUUGUACAGCAGCUUAAACUUUUAAGAAAUUUCUGUAAUAUGUAUAAGAUAAUUCAUUGCUCACACUUUAAUAAUAACAAACUAAGAAAGAAAUUCAAGGUAAUUAACCAACCAGAGUGUUUUGAUUUCUCUCAAGUUUGUUUAAUGUACUCUGCUAUUUUUCUGUUGCGGAUCUGAGUGGUUUUGCUAUAUACUAGGGAGGUUUAAAAAAAAUAACCACAGCAGUAUUUAUUUUUCAGAUUUGAGUUUUCUUUAUUCAUUAGUCUAAACAGUUGACUUUUUCUGAUUUGCAAUUUGUAAACAAAUACUUCAGAUUCUGUAUCUUUAAGAUUUUUGUCAUUUUGGGUAUGUAAAUAUUUAAGGGCUGACAGUGAUUCAGGUACUUAAAAAUAAGCUUUGCAUGUACUAAGUACAAUAGAUCUAUUGUACAAAGUGUGAUUUGUAUCCAAAUCAGUUUUAAGUUGCCUAUUUACUUCAACGUUUAAAUCAGAUCUACAGAAGAAAAAUACAUUCAACUCAUACGGGAAUACAGCUGUUCAACUUCAACGUAAGUCUUCUAAGUCCCUUUGUUGAAUUGAAUUGAAAAUAAAAUCUUAUGGGAUUGACCAAUAUGCAAUAAACUAGCUACUUAAUAUAAACUAAAA